GGCCCCGCCCCUGGCCGCCGGCCUCCCAAGAUGGCGGCGGGCAGCGGCCGCCCGCUGGCGGUGCCGCUGCUGCUGCUGCUGGCGGCGGCCGUGGCGGCGGCGCGGUUGUACCGGGCCGGGGAGGACCCGCUGACCGUGCUGACGGCCGGCACGGUGCGCAGGGCUCUGCUCAACUCCUCGGCAGCCUGGGUGGUGCAGUUCUACAGCUCGUCCUGCGGUCACUGCGUCGCCUUCGCCCCCACCUGGCGGGCGCUGGCCGGGGACGUUAAAGACUGGGAGUCUGCAAUUAGAAUCGGUGUGCUGGAUUGUGGGGAAGAAGAGAACUACGAGACAUGUAAAGAAUAUGGUAUUCACUACUACCCAACUUUUAGGUACUUCAAAGCAUUUACAAAACAGUUUACGACUGGAGAAAAUUCCAAAGGAGCAGACCGUGAGCUGCAAACAGUUCGCCAGAUGAUGAUUGACUUCUUACAGAACCAUUCUCAAGAGUCAAGACCACCUGCUUGCCCAUCGUUGGAUCCAGUUUUGUCCAGUGAUAUUACUGCUCUUUUUGACAAGAACAGCGAUCAUUAUACUGCCGUUGUGGUUGAGAGUAACAACUCCUAUGUCGGGCGAGAGGUUAUCUUAGACUUGAUCCAGUAUGAAAACAUUGUGGUAAAGAGAGCACUGAAUGCUGAUAAGCCUUUUCUAGAGAAACUUGGUAUUACCUCAGUCCCUUCAUGCUAUCUGAUGCAUCCAAAUGGGUCCCGUGGAUUAAUUAACAUUGUGAAGCCUCUUCGGUCUUCCUUUUCUUCAUAUUUAAAGUCACUGCCAGGUGUCAGAAAAAAACUACUUUUGCCACUUGAGCUACCUGUUAAAGAAAACAAAGUGGAAAGCACAGAAAUCAAGCAGUGGAAAGAAUUUGAUAAAUCUAAGCUGUACAUGGCUGACCUUGAAUCAGGAUUGCAUUACCUGCUUAGGGUAGAACUUGCUACGCACAAGAUGCUUGAGGGAGCUGAGCUAAGGACCUUCAAGGAUUUUGUUACCAUUGCUGCCAAGCUUUUUCCUGGCCGUCAGCCUGUGGUGAAGUUGUUAGAGACCUUGCAAGAGUGGCUGGUGAGCCUUCCAUUAGACAAAAUCCCUUAUGAUGCUAUUCUAGAUCUGGUCAACAACAAAAUGCGGAUUUCUGGGAUAUUUCUCACUAAGAGAAUUGAGUGGGUCGGAUGUCAGGGCAGCAGACCAGAGCUGAGAGGUUAUACCUGCUCCCUUUGGAAGCUGUUUCAUACCCUAACUGUUCAAGCUGCGCUGCGACCAAAAGCGUUGAUAAAUACAGGUCUUGAAGACAAUCCCCAAAUAGUACUUCAGAUCAUGCGGAGAUACAUUCAUCACUUCUUCGGAUGCAAGGCUUGUGCUCAGCAUUUUGAGGAAAUGGCUAAAGAAUCCAUGGAUUCUGUUAAAACCUUAGACAAGGCUGUUCUCUGGCUCUGGGAGAAACACAACGUAGUGAAUAACAGACUUGCAGGUGAUUUGACUGAAGACCCAAAAUUUCCCAAAGUUCAGUGGCCAACUCCAGACCUUUGUCCUGCAUGUCAUGAAGAAAUUAAAGGAUUACACAGCUGGAAUGAGGACCAGGUUCUACAGUUCAUGAAGGAUCAUUAUAACAGUGAAAAUAUUCUAUAUAAAUACAGUGAAAGCCAGACUGACUCCAGUGAAACUGGACUGGGAGAUACAAGGGAGGUAAAAGACAAAAAUCUACUGAAGAAACCAAGUGGAAACAGAGAAAAUAAAAUCCUGGACCAAGAAAACAUACGAGAUUCAGAAUCUAAGGUGUUAGAUAAACUAAUAGGGAAUCACGGACCUGUAAAAGACAGAGGUAAAAGUGCAGUUGAAUCAGUUAACCGUGAAGAGAGCAGGCAGUCUGUAUCUUUCUUAGGGAUUGGGUUUUCCAACAUAGACAUGAGUCUGUGUGUCGUACUGUAUGUAGCGUCAUCCUUAUUUUUAAUGAUCAUGUACUUUUUUUUCCGAAUGAGAUCUAAACGGUGGAAAGUGAAGCAUUAUCGUUCAUCUGUAUAGACGUUUAAAUUGGAAACAACAUGUUCAUUGUACAUGGCUGUUCAGUACUAGAUACAGCUUUAAUAUUUAUGAUCAGGGAUUUUAUAUACAGUAUUCUUUGUUUUAAAACCCUUUCUUCCCAAGUCAUUUCACAAGUGUUCUAGCUUAAUAUUUGGAGCUUGCUGUAAGAACCCUCUUUGACUCUGAGACGCAUGGUGCUGUCAUAAAGUACCCAGUGAGGAAAGCAUUGCAUUUCGCAGUUCAGAUUUUCCGUGACUUACCACCUACAUCCUUUACUCAUUUGCAGAGUAAACAUUACAUUAUGCAAUCAACUGUGCCUGGUUUUGGAAAGAAAUUGGAUAUUGUUUUGUGUACGUUAACUCAUUUUUUUUUUUUAAUUUAUCCAGAGCUGAUUUCACCUACCAGAGUACUGAACAGUUACUAUUACUUUGACUUCUUCAUUUGGAGAAGCAAGAAUUGGUUUUGUUUUGUUUUGUUUUUCCAGGAAACAAGAGUUCUAUUUUGAUUAAAUCAAUUCUAAACCUUGUGACUUUUCCAAUAUUAUUUAAAGUGGAAGGCAUUACAUCUUCAAGUAGAUCUUUCAUUCUCUCGUGUUCCAGCCAAGGGUAGCUGCUGCUAGGAUGAGAGGUUUGGGGCAGCAUGCAUCUCUCUAAGCAGCCUGAUUGUGAUUGCUGAUGCUGUCAUCCAUUCUAAGGGAGUUCAGGUGUAAGUAACAACAAACUCAGACCCAGUGCUUUCCUUGCUCCUCUACUUGAUGUGUUAACAGAGCAUUGUACAACUCACCUCACUCAUCUGUGAACCAGAGAAGUAGCUGAGUAAAUGCUGUGUUAUCCAGGUGCCAGUUCUGAUGGACUCCAGUAAAGGGAAACGCUGUUUUUACUGAAGGAAAGUGAGGCUCCCUUUGCAUCAGUAAGCCAGAGUUAAUUUGCAGAUCUGGGAAUAGUACGUUUCUUAGGAUGCCUGAGUAGUGCCGAUACCUUACAGUAAUUUUUCUUCCUGUGAGUCAGCACAAAUCCUUCGUUUGGUAGUGCCAGCCCUGAGAUCAGGGGGAAUGCCACCUGCCAGCUGCAAAGCUGUCUGUACUGUACUCAGAGCAGCCGGUCUCUGUUCUGGUGCUGGAGUGCUCUGCCGUUAGGGUCAAGGAAGGAUUUAACUAUGGUCAAGUCCAGGAGCUGCUCCAUUCUGGGAUGCGGCAGCAAUUGGGAAUAUGGCAGUUGCUUUUACAGACCUGUCUGUCUGCGAUCCUAGCUGAGAGCAAUUACAAGACAGCAUGAAAACAGUUAUAAAAUUACCAUUCAGAAUAGGAGUUCCUUUCUGCUCCUAGCUGUGGAGGAUAAUUCACGUCCUGGAUAGUGAAGUUUAUAAUCCUAUCCAAUGUAAUUGAGCAUGUUCUAGUUAUCCAUUACCUAAUCUUUAGUUAAUCCUAAUAGGUUUUGGCCUCAAUGUUUUCUUGUGGCAGUGAGUUCUACCGAUUAAUUGUUAUAUAAAAAGGCUUUUCCUUUCAAUUCUACUUUUCCAACUUUUAAUUUAAUUGAAUGUUUGCUAGCUCUUCUGUUACGUGAGAAGGGGUAGAUAGGCCCUGGCCAAUUCAUUCUUGUAUCUACGCUGCUAGUGUGUCGUCGUCUUAGUUCCAUCAUAAGCCCCAGCACAGAAAGUUUAAAGCUCAGCCACAAAAUAUAGUCUAAAAAUUAGCACAAAAAAUCAAUAAGUAUUUUUUUUCAUAACCAAAUCUUGUUUAUUCACAAAACUGAGCAUUUCUGACCAGAGUUUCUGCAGCUUCCACUUGGAAUCACAAAACUGAGCCAAAGCUGAUUGCCCCUUUUCCCUUUAAGUGUCAAAAUAACGUACAAAUGUACAUAAAGUUGUGCAACCCUGUGUCGUUAUUGUAAACAUGGCAGAAGAAAAACCUCCCAUGGGGACAGUAGCUCCCUGCUGGAAGCUGUCUUCUGCAUAUCCUCUCGUGCAGACCUCUGAAAUUCUGACACGGCGACGUCAAGUCUGGGCUUCUUAAGGAUCCUCACUGUUUUAAGAGUUCUGAUGCAACGAGGCAGUGUGGGUUUCUACUUUCUUUAUAGAUUCGUAAGGGUCACUGUAAUUAUAGCACCUGGGCUUGAGUACUAAAACAACUUGUAAGUAACUGGAAAGUUACCCAAGGGCGGCAGAUUGUCCAGCCUGCUUGAUCUGUGCUUCGUGCUGGCAUCUAGUGAGAGGUCUCCGGAGGACCUGAGGGGAGAGCCCAGACUUGCCAAAUUUACGCUUGAAAAAUAGUUAACUUCUAAGUGGCCUAAUUUGGGGAAGUCUUGGUAUCAGCCAGCAAUUGAAGAAGUUCAGUUAAAAAAAAAAAAAAAGCAAACAGCAAAAGGCAGUACAGCACGUGUUGGGUCUAGGAAAUAUUCCCAGUUUCUAUAGGACUGUGAGUUUCCUACUGUAUCAUUGCACAUUUUGAAGUAGAAAAGCAGAAAUUACAGCUGCUGUUCAAAAUGUACUGAAUAUAUUAACCUGAGUUUGUUAGCUUUGACUCCUUAAUUGUAUUUUCAUCUACAUAGGAAAACAAAAAACUUUUGAAGGUUUGUAGGGGUAAUUUUGCCAUUAAAACAGCAGCAAAUGCAUUGUCAGAAUAAGUUCUGGGGUUGUUGUUUUUUUUUGCUACAUACCAAUAACUAUCAUGGUACUGUGGCCCUGCUGGAAACAUGACAAAAUGAACAGCUUCGCAGAUUGCCAGUGACGUUUUUUUCUUUCUGAAGAGUGUAAAAGCAUGAAAUUAAGAUGUUGAUUGUGCCGGUGCUGUAACUCAGUGUUGCCAUUUAACUGGCUCAGGCUUUCACUUUAAUUGCUAGUAGUGACCUCAGCUGGAAAGGUGUUCUCCACUUUGGGCUUGGUUGUGUAAAUCUUGGUUUACUUGUUCUUAUUUGGUAUCUUUAUAAUGAAUUUUUUUGUCCUUUUAUGUACUUUGGCUGUAAAGAUGCGUUAUGUCUGCUGGGGAAUGUGUGAUGCUGCCCUAUCGGUGUCACAAGGAAGUGUUGCCUUUUCAAAGACGCUUCACGCCACCUUCUCCUUAGUCCUGGGACUUCUGUUUCUGCAUUGUAUCGUGUAAGAAGUUUCUGCAGUGCUAGUAAUGCUUCCAGUAAGGAUUUCUGGCCCUUCGUAAUUCACAGAGCCUUCUAACGAGGAAAUAUUAAAGCUGCAUAGAAAAUAAAAGGAAUACUGUGCAACGUGGCUGGUGAGAGAAAGAAAAGGUGCAAGUGCUAAAGAAACCUGGCUAAAUUAUUCCCAAGAACUCUUAUUUUUUGUUUUCCCGUGCUGUAUCCGUCCUGCUGUUCUCACUCAGAACUGGGUGGGAACUGCCGGCUCAACAGAAGGCCCAAAGUGUGUUCUCUAGGCGUGUGCGUUGCAUAUGGGAUGUUGACAAUAGUGACUAUAACAGUUCGGUAAUUUAAAUGUUUUAUUUAUUUUAAUUCAGUAACUUGAUGCUUUCAUGUCUGUUCUUUUGAGGGGGUUGUUUUUGUUUUUUAAACUCUCUCUAGGAAGGAAAAGUGAACAUUUUGUACUAAACUGUCAACUAAUGUGCUUGUUAAAAAUAAAUUGCAAACGUUUGGGCAAA